AUGGCUGCUCUAAUGGUACAUGGUUUUAUCCAAAUAUGGACCAGGGAGACUGAUAUGUCUAGGUCAAAAGAAGCAUUCAUUGAAAUAGUGAAAGGAAAGAAGAAAAUUAAAUUGGUGGUCUAUUUAGCUGGAGUAUAUAUAACUUUUCAGCUAAGUAAUAAUAUUGAAAAUGUGGUCUUUAAAUCGUAUGAAAAAAAACAAAAUCACCUGUAUGUAACACUCCAAAAUAAUAGCUUCCUGUUUAUUAAAAGAUUAUCCUCCAGAAAUGCUGAAGAGUUGAAGAUGUUCCUGGAUAGAGUCCAUCAAAAUAAUCUUCACCCACCUAUGGGACCUGAUAGGGAGGGGAUUGAUUUUACCAGCACAACAUUUCACAAAACUCUCUCAGAAAACAUAUUUGUCACUUCGUUGAAACCAGUGUAUUGUGAGGGUGACCCAGAGUCGGACAGAAUGAAGAUAACCUUUGAAUUUUACCCAGAGAAACUAUGGCAAGGCCACCUCAAUUUGGGAGACACCUGUUAUAUGAAUGCCGUUUUACAGUCCCUGUUUUCAAUUCCAUCAUUUGCUUAUGAUUUACUGUAUCAUUUUCCAUGGGGUACAGUUCCUCUUGAUGUUCUUAGCAUGUGCAUGACACACCUGCUUAUUUUGAAAGAUAUUUACAACAUAAAAAUGAAGAUGAAGUUACUUGUCAGUAUUAAAAAAAUUUCAAUAGCUGCAGAGGUGUUCUCUGGCAACAUACAGAAUGAUGCUCAUGAGUUUUUAGGUCUCUGUUUAUAUCAGAUGAGAGAGAACAUGGGAAAACUAAACAAAAUUUGUAAGACUAAAAUUGAAUCUGAGGAAAAAAAUUCACCUCAACAGGUUUUUGCUGGCAGUGCUGCCACCAACGUGCUCAUUUGUCCUGUCAUCACAAAUUUUGAGUUUGAGUUACUGCACUUUAUUAUUUGUAAAGCCUGUGGUCAGGUUGUUCUCAAGACAGAAGUGAGUAAUUAUCUCUCCAUCAACCUUCCCCAAGGAGCAAAAAUACUUCCUUUGUCUAUUCAAUCUACUGCUGAUCUUUUCUUUGAAGCAGAAGAGCUUGAGUAUAGAUGUGGGAAGUGUAACCACAAGAGUUUCGUUGCAGUGCACAAAUUCAGUAGGCUACCCACGGUCUUUAUUGUUCAUCUGAAAUUCUAUAGCUUUAAUGAGUCUUGGUUGUUAAGGAAGGAUGUCCAGGAAGUCAUUGUUUCUAAAUGUCUAAAGUUGUCUUCUUAUUGCAAUGAAAAUACCAAACCACCUGUUCCCUUGAGCAAGAAUGUGCAUAUUAGAAAUUUCCAAUUUUUAAAGAUCUCUCAAAAGAUACAUUGUGAUAUCCUCAUUUCAUUGAUACCUUCAACAAAGUUGACCUCAGAAUCUAAGGAUUCCCUGGCUCCACACAUUGGAUCAGACAAAGAUGGCCCAGACACAUAUCCUGCAGAAGUUCAUCUCCAAGAAGUGCCUGGAAAUCAAACACUAAAGAAAUAGGAGAGAACCAAUAUGUUUAUAAAUGAGACCAAUGUGAAUUUCCUAAGUGUUGGUUCUGAUAAAAACCUUGAAAACAAAGACUUUUUAGAUAAGGAGAAGACAGAAACUGAAGUCAAGAAACCAAAAAGAAAUUCCAAGAUGAAAGAUCGUUAUGCAUAUCAGCUGAUUGGUGUUAUCAGCCAUUUUGGGAAGACCCUAAAUUCAGGCCAUUAUAUCAGUGAUGCCUAUGACUUUGAGAGGCAAGUUUAGUUUAUUUACAAUGAUAUGCAGGUGUCAAAUAUCUAAGAGGUUUCUAUGCAGAAGGCUAAGCUUUCCACCGGGUACAUCUUCUUUUAUAUGCACAAUGAGAUCUUUGAAGAGCUGUUGAAAAGGCAAGAGAACUCCCAGCCUCAUAGCACAAAGGCAGGGGAGAACCCUCAGAAGGAAUAA